CAUGCACAGCUCUACAGUAAUUUUGUUUACCAAUUAUGGCCUCAGGAAGACCAUAAACAGCAUUCAUUGAAAGCAUUUCGUUCCCGGAGGUCACAUCUCAUUAAGUGCCCCGACGACCUGCACGUUUAAUGCUAGAAUUUGGUGGAACCUUUCGACCCCCUGGACACCCCUGAGCUUCUCCUGGCGUGAUGGAUGCAGAGGUGGUUCUGCAGGAGGAGGACACAGAGGGCUCGUGGAUGUUGCUGUCCUGGAUGGCGUCCUGCCUCAUGGUGUUUGGGGGAGCCCUGCCCUAUGUGCCACAGUACCAGGAUAUCCAGAGGAGCAGCAACAGCGAGGGCUUCUCCACCCGAGUCUGCCUGGUGCUGCUUGUAGCCAACAUCCUGCGCAUCUUCUUCUGGAUAGGGAAGCAGUUUGAGCUCACCCUGCUGCUCCAAAGUGUGGUGAUGAUCCUCACCAUGUUUGCCAUGCUCCACCUCUGCUGCGCGGUCCAAAGCACCAACCGAGUGAGCACCAAGCAACACCGACUUUCAGACUUGGAUUUUCGUUACUUCUGGAAGUGGAGUGCGUUUGAGGACUACCUGCUCUUCUGUUUUGGCUUCACCGUGCUGUGUGCGGUCAUCACCCUGCUGCUGCUGGACUCCGCCGUGUUUGUGGAGACGCUAGGCUCCCUGGCUGUGAUGUUUGAGGCCAUGCUGGGCGUCCCGCAGCUGCUGCAAAACUUUCAAAACCGAUCUACCAAAGGCAUGAGUGUGAAGAUGGUGCUGCUAUGGACGGCCGGCGACGUCUUCAAAACCACCUACUUUGUGAUGAACGAAAGCCCGGCUCAGUUCUGGGUUUGCGGUUCAGUCCAGAUCCUAAUCGACGUGGCCAUCCUGCUGCAGGUCGUUCUUUACAAUCAAGACACACGGGUCAAGCUAGGCUGACCAUGGCUGUUGCUUUGGCCAACCUAAAAAACAGGGCUCUUGUGUGAAUUUUAACAAGUCUGGUCAUUUAAGGUUUUUCAAGUCAGCUGCAAAUUUAUUUGGACACAGAGAAAAUCGAAGUCAAAAUAGAUUUUUAGUCUUUAGCCUUGAUUCAAACUAUUCUGUUAUAUGAAGAUCAUGCAGACCCAAACUAUUUGUAUCCUCAAGUGCAAUUAAGCAAACUACUUAGCAUUCUAAGUGAAGCACUGACAACAAAACACCUUUGCUUUUAACAUUUUAUUAAAAUAAGGCAAUAUUUUAGUGCAGUUUUAACAUUUUUAUAAUAUGUAUUUGUUCUCUGUUGAACAUUACCUUGAUCCUAAAGUGUCAUGGACAUGGAAACUGUAAGAGGGAAACAUUACUCAUGUUGGCAGCUCACUUAUAGCAGAUCUGUGCUGUUGCACUGGCAGCUGAAGCAACCAGUUCUGCACGGUAGCCCUGCACUGGAAUCCACUGCCUGACUGAUGAGUCUCCCACUUUACACUCUACACCUCACAGGACUGUUGUCAUGAUGCGUGUGUGUGUGUGUGUGUGUGUGUGUGUGUGGCUCUGUGUGUAUGUGGGUGUGGUAUCCUUGCUUGUGUGUCUGUGCAGCCAAAAUUGAUUUCUGCCGUGGGCAUUCAGCACCAGGCCAAGGCCAGAGAACAUACAUCAAGUAAUGAUAACUACAUUGGACAUCAAUCUUAACAACUCUGUUGUGAGGUUUAAUUGACAAGCAACGCAGGUCCUCCACAAAGUAUAUGAAAAUCUUUUUAAAAUAUGGCUAUGCUUCCGUGUACUGCAUUUCAGUCAACAUUAUUUUCUAGACACCAAAGAACACGUCAGACCUCUGAUCAAAAUAUGUAACAUAACAGUAUUACUGAAUAUUUUUGGAAAUGUAAUUUCUGUUAUAUGUCACUGUUACUUGUUUUUAGUAUCCCAUCAUCUGCUGAUCAUCAUCUGCUUCUUUUUGCUUUUGUUUUUUGAGACAGAAACAGUGAAAGAAUGACACCAUUGAUAACUCUAUCUUUUAUUGAACACAUUUAGAUUUUUUUUUUUUUUCCCCUCCUAAGCAAGAAAAAAAAUAUUUGAAAAUGAAAUUUAAUCAACUAAGAACUGGUUUAGUGCUAAAAGAAAUUUUACCUUUAGGGACUACAUCAAAAUUACUGGUGUAGGGAGGAGCUAAAUCUUAUGUUUUACUUUUUCAAAGCACAAGGCAAUCCCUGACAUAAUUACUGUAUUUUUUGGACUUUUCUUUUGAAAGAAAAAAAUGACAACAUCCAACCCCAAUAUCUCAGAGGAAUAUUGAACAAUACUGAAUUGGUACCAAUUCAAUUUGUGCACCCAAAACAGUUUCAUAUUUAUGGAACUAUACUUCAUUCAACAAUAUGGACAUUAGAAGUGAAACUGGAAAUUGACAAAUUUGUAGCGCCACUCUAUUUUUUUUUUUUUGUAAUGUUCUUUUGAUAAAUAACAUGUUGCUGCAAAGCUCACCAUGUCUCCUACAAAUAAUGUAAACCAAAUAGAUCAGAAAAUGUUGCAGCUUGUGUAUAAGAUAAUAUCUGUCACUGACUAUUGUAUUACCUACACAGUGCCCGAGCUACAUAACUGAUGAGUGAGCUAUUUCUAUAACAGGAAGGCUAAACUAAAAUAUAAAUCCACAGUUUUAAAACAUUCCCUGCCCGUCCCAGAAAGUCAAACUACCCCCCUUCCUCGUUCAACCAAUAGAAAAAUCAUACCCUUCCCCUUGCUCGAUCAGCGUCCCUUUGAUUAGGGUAUUUUGUUUCCCUUUCAUACCAUGUUUAGUAAUUUCUGGAGGGACAAUCUUUGAAGGAUCUUCAUUCACCCAGAAAUGCCCCAUUUAACAGAGGACAGGUUAUGAAAUGCCUGCCAUUACAGAAACAUUAAAACCUUAUUAAUCUAUUCCAGCUUGCAAAAAUAUUCACAGACAUGUUAUGUAGAAGUUCUGCUCAUAAUCAAAACACUUACUUUAAAAAAUAGCCUCUAAAGGCGAGCUGUGAAUUUAUCACCUGUUUCUCGUUGGUUUCCUCUCACAAAAGCACUGCAGGGUGAAACAAAUCAGAUCGAGCGGCUGAUCAGUAGUCAGGGCAGCUGUCGUUCUACUUUCCCUUAGGUAUGACUUAAUUAAGUAUAAAAAAGCUACUGUACCUGCUUAUUAGGUCUGCCUGUCACCUUUCUAAAGUCAGUUUGAGUCCUUUAGCUAAUCAACAUUUCUCUGUUUUUAGUUUCACUUCAGUAAAAAUCGUGUUACACUUUUUACACACUGCAGUGGGGGGGUUAAUCAUUCAAACAGCCUUCUCCUUUGGCUGCCAGUAUGCCUCAGCUAUAGAAUAACAUUUGUUACGGUAGCAGAGCUGCCUCUCAGUGUAGUUUAGUGUUAUUUUCAGGGUCAGGAAGAAGAAAAUAUGUGAGAGAAAAUUUUGGUAAUAUUCAGAAUUGUGUUAUCAUGAUCUGACAAUGCAUAAGAUCCAUCUAAAUAUAAUAGUGGCAAAGUAUUAUGUUACAUUUUACCCCUGCUUUGAUAUUAUAUGAGGUUUCUAGGUUUUGAUCAUCAAUCAUUGUAUUAAAGCAAAAGUUUGCUGCACAGGCAUGACGUGGUAUAAAUCGUCUUCUCUAACUUACAGCAAGAAAGCAAAUAUGUGUAUUUCCCAAAAUGUCAAUGGAUUAGGUUUUUCACUUCAUUUAAUUUUUUUUUCUAAUCAAUUGUUUAUUGUUAUCAUGUAUUACUACCAUUAUACGGAUUACAGGCCAAAGGAGAAUCAAUCAAAAUUUAAAAGGAGAAGCACUCCCUGCUAUGUUUGUAUUUGUGUUUAUGCAUUGUGAUUUGAAUGUAGUUUGUAUGUGUAUGAAUGUGCACAUAUGAAAACAACAGAAAUGUUGUCCCUCUAUCUUGGGAUUAUGCAUUUCAUGGAUGCACACUCUAAGCAUUCAUAAAUGCUUUUCUGCUGGUGCUGUAAUAUGUGUCAAAUAUUUCUGGGAUCGGUCAAAAUGACAUUUAUAAACAUGUCCAUGCUGCCGAUCGACUUUUCUAAAACUGCAAGCUUUAAGCUUCAUUGUUCUGUGACCUUCACUCCACGUGGGUAUACAUGCAUUCUUCUAUUUCAGUUAUCUUAUAUUGUUGUAAAAAGCCAUAUUGAAAGCUGUAUGUGUCUUAUCUCCUGCACCCCGCAUACCAUCAUUGUAUUGAGCAUUAUUUCUGUAUUCUAUAUGCUCUUAUCACCAGAUGGGUAUCUUUAUAUUGUCUCGCUCAGUAGAGGCUCAGAAUGGUUCCCUCAAUGGAUUUAACAUUUGGGCUCCCAGUAGCAUUUUCUUCUCAAGGGCAAUCGGACAGAUUAGUGCACAUACACUGAAUGUGCUAAUCCCUUCCCUGAGUUCAUAUCGUGGCAAACGUAUUUGUUGCCUAAACACUGCAGCAUUGAUAAGAGGAGUGUAGACUGUUACUUCCACCAGAUGCAAGAUAUAUAUUACUAUCAUGUAAAAUGAAACAGUUAUCAGUUACGACAGAAUCCAUAGAAGGAUUUGAGUGAAUUUCAGUUACUGAUUAAUGUGAUAUUUCUUCAGGCAUUUACAGGAUCUGUGAAACCAAAGGAAAACCAAAAAGCUACUGUUUUUCAAUCAAUGUUAAAGAAUACCAGUGUCAUGUAACACUGUGGUGUUUUCAUAACACGCUAAGUUCUGUCACAGUAUAGACCAAAUCACAGUAUUUAUUUCCAAGAACUUCCGGGUAGAAAAGCACUGCAUCAAGUACAUAUAAUCAAACCACACUGAGCAAACUCUGCCUUAAUUGAGUUUAAACCACCUAAGUAGUUAAGUAUACGCUGUAUUUAGAAAUUUUUCACCACAUUACCUUGCAGUAAGACAGCCCGUACAGACAGAGAUUUGAAGCUGUUAUAUCAAAAACACCAGACUCCACUGAAAAAAAUGGUCGAUUUACUCCACAGAACAGCAGAGUCAGGUCUUCUGCUGCCUCGAUCAGCUAUUGAAUAAGGUAAAGUGGAACAAAUUUUCAAAUACAGUGUACAUUUAACCUGAUACUGAUUUUUUUUUAAGGUGGCUAAAAUAUGUUUUGCGUGGGCCCCAUCCACAGCAGUACAUUGUAUAGCUUCAGUGCUGGUAGAUGGUUUAUCAGAGACGUUAGCAAAGCAACACAGUUCAUACAAUAAGCACAACAGAAAUAUCAAAUAAGUUGGAUCUCCACAUUUAGUGUCUUAAUAUGUGACAGCUACAACAGAAAUAAACAAGUUUUCAGAGUCAACGUAUCUCUGCAAUUCAAAACGGCUGCCAGUUUUUACCCGGAAGUGACUUUCGUUGUAAGCGCGACGUGACAGUGAUUUGGUCUAUACACCAAUGACAUCACAUAUAUACAUUGUAUGUAUGUAAAAUGUUUAUGAUUAUAUUUUAUCAAAUAUAAACAAUUUAUAUUUCA